ACUAACUAUCCUUUCUCCCUCUUCCCUAAGUCACAAACAACAGAAGCGUCAUACUUCAAGGCAGCAGAUCAGGAACCACUGUGGAGGGAAGGCUCCAAAAUGCUGCAGGAGAUGAGAAAGAACUCUUCCUGAGAACUUGAAGCUGUCACCACCACCCUCUGUUUCCUUUUUCAAAGAAUCAGCGCCAAGGAUGGAAAGACCUCAGUUAUGCUCUAUUUUCUUCAUUCUGACACUCUUGGCUUUGGUGAGCCUUGACUUGACCAGCUGGGCAUGGACUGCCCCUGACUGUGUUAUAGCGGACGGCAUGUUAUUUCCUAACCUUUCCUACUAUAUCCAGUUCUGUACUUUAGCCCCAGGAUUGCACCUUUUGGCAUCUUGCUCAAAUGUUAAAGACAUGACUCAGACACUGGAAAGAGUGCCAAGAGAUACAGAGGUGCUUUGUCUUCAGGGAAUGGUUUCUACUCUGCCAGCUAAUGCUUUUGAUCACUUCCACUCCCUACGACUUCUGAGACUGCAGUUGGGUACAAUCAAUAUUACUUCUAGGACUUUUCAAGGACUGGACCAGCUACAGUAUCUUUUUUUUGAGCAUCAUGCUCCAUGUUGCCUGAGUCUGUUCCUCCCUCCAAAUUGUUUAGAGACUCUCAGAUCCCUCCAUCAUCUUUCCUUUCAAGGCUACUGCCUGAAUUAUAGCCAGAGCAUCUAUCUGCCAACCAGCCUUAGGCAUCUAGCUCUAAGGAACAGCUGUCUGACAAAGCUGCAGGAACUGCAAUGGCUCUUCCCAAGACAUUUGCUUGGCUCCUCUCCUAUACCCAGGACCAAGCUAGGGGUGCCAUUCCUAGAGGUGCUGGAUUUAUCUUACAACCUUCAGUUGAAACAGGCUGGUGUCACAGCCUUGUAUGGCCUCAAACUCCAUUCCCUAAUAUUGGAUGGUACCACACUAAGAACAUUUGACCUCACAGGCUCAGGACUGCUCCACUUGGAGUUACUCUCACUUGUGGGUACAGGUAUAGAAAAAUUGCCUGGGAGUGCCAUGGCCUACUCUACACUUCGUGCACUUGACCUUGGGAAGAAUCAAAUACAAAACAUCUUGGAGAAUGGAGAUAUCCCAAGUUAUAAAGCUCUGGAAUUCCUUAGCCUUCAUGAUAACUAUUUGCAGUCACUUCCCAUCAGGUUCCUAAGUACUCUACCCCAACUUCAGAGGCUCAACCUGUCUGUGAAUAAGUUGGGCCCAGCUUUGGAGCUUCCAGAAGGAGUAUUGAGCACAAAUUUAAGAGUGCUGGAUCUGUCCCACAAUCAGCUAUGUGAAGUACCCCGUGGGGCCUUUCCUCCACUGCUGCAGGAGCUCUGGCUGAGUGGUAACAACAUCUCUAGUUUAUCCAAUGAGAGCCUGCAAGGACUGAGGUGGCUGAGGACUCUAGACUUGAGUUGGAACCAAAUUAAAGUACUCAAACCAGGCUGGCUCUCUCAUCUUCCUGCUCUGACCACCUUGAACCUUCUGGGCACCUACUUAGAACAUAUCUCAGGCACACAACUUCAGGGUCCCCAGAUGCUGAGACAUCUAAAACUGGGUUCUGUUACAGCACUGGACAUCUAUCCUCCCUGGUUUCCAAUGCUGCUCAGCUUAGAAAUACAAGCAAAAUUAUGCAUUCAGUUUAUGGUUCUCAGUGGAGAGCCAUUCUCACUCUUGGAGAACCUUACUUUAGAGACUUCCAGUGUGUUGCGGCAUCCAGACACAACCACAAUCCAUUUUCCCUCCCUGCGUCGCCUCACCUUGCUUGGCUACAGCUUCCUGUUCUCAACCAGUCAACUUCGUAGCUUCUUCCCACAAAGACUCCCUGUGCUGGAGCACUUCUCUAUGUGGUGUGACAAUGACAAUGCAGUAGACCUCCAUCUAUUCGAGAUGCCCAGGCUGCGUGUACUCGAGCUGGGGGACCUUAAUUUUUUCUAUGAGUCAAGUACUAAGAAGCUAGAGAUGCUCCUGGAGGAGGCGCCUCAGUUACAGGUACUGGCAUUGAGCCACCUGAAUCUCAGAAACCUCUCUGAGUCCAGCUUUAAGAGCUUGCACCACCUCAAACUGCUGCUGCUCAACUCUGAGCUGGCCCUGGAGAUGGACAGCAGCCUCCAGGAGUUGAUUCCUCAGAUGCCUCCAUAUGUUUAUUUCUCAGAUGUCACCUUCACCUGCCAGUGUGAAGCUUCCUGGGUGGAGUCUUGGGCUACACAGGCCCCAAACACUUUUGUUUAUGGACUGGAGAAAUCCAUCUGCAUGGCCAAUGCUUCUGACUACUCCAACACCCCGCUGUUCUCCUUCCUUGCUGCGCGCUGCCCACGUGGCGCUGAGUUUGGGGGCUUUCUCAUCAGUUUCACUCUGGUACUUCUGCUGACCAUCCUUCCUCUGAUUAGCUGCCAUAGAUGGUCCUGGCGUCACUCCCUGCAGACACUCUUUCAUGCUUGUUGGUGGAAAUUAUGUGGACAUAAACUCAGAGGCCAAUUCAACUAUGAUGUCUUUCUAUCCUACUGUGAGAAGGACCAGGCCUGGGUGCUAAAAGAACUGGUUCCUGCUUUGGAGAGAACCCCUCCUGAAGGAGAGGGCUUGAGGUUGUGUCUGCCUGCCAGGGACUUUGUGAUUGGAAAUGACAGGAUGGAAUGUAUGAUUGCCAGCAUGGGCCAAAGCAGAUCCACCCUCUGUGUGCUCACGGGUCAGGCCUUAGCAAGUCCCUGGUGCAAUCUCGAGUUAAGACUGGCCACUUACCAUUUGGUGGCCAGGCCAGGGACAGCUCGACUCCUGCUGCUGUUUCUGGAGCCCAUAGAUAGGCAGACGCUACCUGGCUACCACCGCCUCUCCCGAUGGCUCCAAAAGGAGGACUAUUUUGAUUUGUCCCAAGGGAAGGUAGAGUGGGACAUGUUCUGUGAGCAACUAAAGAGAAGGCUCAGGAAAGCUGAACAAGAAAGAGACAAUCAAGGACUGUGAGGGAUGUUGCUGUGCAGAAGACCCUUUGAGUAGCAGAGUGAAUCUCUCUCGGCACUGGAGGGCAUGCUCACCCAAGGACAAGAUGAUAAAUUUUAAACAAUGCAUUCAUCCCAGUUGGGGAAACAGUCUUUCAAAACAUUGGAAAAUAGUCAUUCAGAAAACAGUUCUGUUACAUGUUAGUUGGUUCCAGUACAAGAUAUUGUUCAACACACACCACACAUAUACACAUUGGUCUGUACAAUCAUGUGCAUUUUUCUCAAAACACUGAUCUAUCGUGUCAGUAUUAAAUGUAAAAUAUUCACCUGCAUGGUAAAAUGCUGUGCAAUUCUAUAAGCCAGGUAGGGAAUCAAGGAGUCAUUUCUAAAUUGAAAUGAUAUUUUUAGCUCAUCAAAUGUUCAACAGUUAGUUCCUCUAACUCAAGUUUCUCACACUUACAGAAUUUCAUUUGUGAGAUCUGUUGUUUUAAACCUGUAUUGUUUAUGGGGAAAUGAAAUCUGAACAGACUAAAAAGUGACUUACAUCCCUGGCUCAGCUCACGCAUUAUUCAUCUUGGACGUCACACCCAGUUUUCUGUUCUUCAUUUAUAUUGCACGUUAGCUUCUAACAAAUGUGGGACACUCUUACUUUCUCACACAUUUAAAACAAUUCCAUAAAAUUAUAAAUUACAAAUAGAUGUACAGUAGCAAAAAUGGAAUGUCAUGGACCAACUAAAUCUCUUAUUUCAGGCACAAAUGUGACAAGACAUUAUUACAUAAACAAAAAUGUCUUUUUCAGAGGUAUUUAGUACUUUGGCAAAAGAUAAACAUAAUAUUAGCACAAUAUUAAAUGACACUGUUGACAAAUGGCAUAUAAGUUCGGACUUGGAAUGGAUAUAUAUGUAUGUAUGUAUGUAUGAUAAAAAUGCAAUGUUAAGAAAGAGAAGACUACAAAUGCAAACCAUAAAGGGACGUAGAAUAGCACUGAAGUUACUGACACUUCUUUAUACUUCUUUGCCAGGUUUUAAUAAGCAUGUAUCAUUUUUAUGGUAACAAUAAAUUUUCUUUCAAAAAUAAUAGAACACUGUGGGCCAGAAAUGGGUUGGCAAGUAAAGACACUUGCCACUGACCUGGUGAUCUGAGAUCGAUCCCUGGGACCUACAUAAAAGAAGAGAUGAUCAACUUCUGAAUGUUGUCCUCUGACCUCUACAUGCACACAAUGGCAAGCAGGUCUACACACACACACACACACACACACACACACACACACACACACAAAUAAAGAAAGAAAGAAUGUAAUGAAAAAUUUUAAAUAACUUUUUUAAAAAGAGUGCUUUAGCAUAGACUAGCUUACUUAACUAAUUUUCUACGUUCUUUUGGUAUAUGAUUAUCUUUUACACCUGGAUAUCAAGACAUUCAUAAAGCUUUAAUAAUUAAUAAUUAAAGAAAAGAACAGGGUACAGAAUUAAUGCAAAGUACUAGGAGACAUCAAACAGGAAUCAAAAUCCUGUGCACAUAUGUGUGACUUAUGACACAAGAUCUGUGCAGCCAUGGAAAGGGAAGGGUUUUCACCACCUACCAAAAACAUACUAGGUCAAAUGAAUUUCCCUGUGGAAAAUGAAUUUUGAUCACUAUUUCAUGUCUCAUGCCCAAGAAGAUCACAUCUCUUAGAUAUGAAAAAUAAGAUACUAAACAGUCUAGAAAAUAAAGCUAUUUCUAUGGCUUUUAAAUGAGAAAAAUGAGCUUGUUGUAAGGAACCGGAUUGUUUAAAAAGAAAGGUCACAUAUAUGGUAGAAAACAUUUAUAAUUUACUUAUUUGACAAAGAUAUAUUACACCCAAGAUACAUUUUAUUAAUAUUUUGUGAUUGUUUAACAUUUACAUACACUACCUGAAUCAUAUCCAACAACCUCCUUCUGGCUCCAGGCACCCCAAGUCUCACUCACACCAACCUUCCAGGUUGACACUUAUUUUCAUGUAAGAGAGAAAUCACAGUACCUGUCUCCUGAGUCUGGCAACUCACGACCAUCUGUACCUCCAGUUCCAGGGUAUCUGAUGCCCUUUCUGGCCCCCACAUGCAUCAGUAUGUAUGUGGUACAGAGACACACAGACACUCAUACACAAAAAUAAAUAAAGUAUCUGCUGAUUUUAAUUGGUUUACUGGUGGAUUUGCUAGUCUUCUUCGUUCUUUAUGAAUUCUAGAUUUAAACCCUUUGUUACAUAAUUGAUAUCAAGGUUUACACUCACUCUUAAGCCAUGUGUGCAUGCUGUCUUUUGUGUUCUUUGCUCUUCAGAAACUUUGUAACCAUGUAAUCAUUUUUUCUACACACUUGGAAUCUCAUGCAAAAAAAAAUCACUGUUUGUGUGAGUACUUUGAAAUGUCUCUCCUAGGCUUCUUUCAAGAAGGUUUAGACUUUCUGAACAUGUAUUUAUACUUUUGCUACACUUUGACUCUUCUUUGUAUAGGAUCAGUGAUCUGAGUUAAAUUUAAAACUGUUCUUCAUGAAUGCUGAGUUUGAGAGCACCAUUUACUGAGCAGUAGCUUCAAUACGGGCUUUGUUACUGCUGUUUGUUUGUCCAUUUCUUAUUUUGGAUUUUUGUUCAACAUCAGUUGUCUUUAGGCAUUGCAAGCUUGUCUCUGAGAUGUUUAUUCUGUUCCAUUGCUGUGCAUCUGUUCUUAUGUCAGAACUGCAUUGUUUUGGAUCUGAUGGCUCUGGUAAGUCCUGAAAUCAAAUAUUGUCAUGCCUCUGGAUUUAUUUCUUGUGGUUGACAUUGCUUUGGCUAUUUUUGUGCCUCCAUAUGACUGUUAUAUGAAUUUUAGGGUUUUUCUUUUCUACUUUUGUAAAUGGUGUUAUUGGUAUUUUGGUGAGAAUCGCAUUAGCUCUGCAACUUGUAAGAACAGUUAAAUGAUAAUAACCAUUCAGGGCUAUUGCAAUGUGACAUAUUUCCUUUUUGGUGCCUUCUUUCAUCCGUUUUGUUGUCAUCUUGCAAUUAUUGUGAUCUUUCACAUCCUAUGUUUAUUUUAGGUGUAUUAUGAUUGUUAUAAUUUUGUUAUUUUGUAAUUCUUGUUCAGCAAGUAUUUUCUGAGAUACAGAAAAGCUACUGGUUGAUCUAUUAAUUUUGUAGGCUGGGAUUUUAUUGAAAUUUUUAAAACUUCUAAGGGUUCUUUUUGAAAUUCUUUUGGUUUUUCUAUGCAUAGAGUGUCACCUGCAAACUUGGAUGAUUUUGACUUUGGGUUUAUUGCAUGUAAACUUUAUAUGUUGAACCAUGAUACUUACUUUAGCUGAGGAUUUGUAUCAUGAAGUGGUGUUAAACGUUAUCUGGUGUGGGAGAAUUGUCUGUAUUCUGUCAAUCAUGUUUUAAAUAAAUGCUGAUUGGCCAGGCAGGAAGUAUAGGUGGGAAAAUCAGACAGG